AAGUCAUGACAUUGACAGUUGUUUUAUUUAGAAAUAUAAACUAAAUUCACUGCAUGGCAUAUAUGGGAUUCCAUAAUUGUUUUUUCUUCGGUAAAAAUAAACAAAAUCGUUUCGUUUUUGUUGUUUCAGUUAUAAAAAUUGAAUAUAAACAUAGUAUCGCAUCAAGAUGGACACAGACAGUGAAAAUGAAAAUGAAAAUGAAGUCAAUUUGACUGGUUUCUUAUUUGGUAACAUUGAUUCGGAAGGAAGACUCGAAGAUGAUAUAUUUGAUAGUGAAUCGAAAAAGCAACUAUCAUCCCUGGCCAGAAUGGGCAUAGGUAAUUUGCUAGAAGUGAUGCAUGAACAGGGACUGGAAAGUAGAGAUGAUGAUGGAAGCCCAACGAACGAUAACGAAGACUAUGACAAAAAGUCUGACACAGCCGAAGAUUUUAGUGAUAUAACUGAACUAGCAGAGGAUCUACAAACAAUUAUGCAGCCAAGUGUAACAACAGUCACAUCGGGAGAUGACUACGAUGAUAUUGAAGCUGCCAUUCCAGCAACAACAGUUAGAGUUGAUCAUUCAAAUCGAAAUACAAGCAUUUCACAACAAAAAAACUCGGAAACUAAUUCGAAAAAUAAUGACAAAGUGUUGAUGCCGCCGCCAAGCGUUCCAUUAAAAAGUCAAAGCCAUGAAUCAAGCAAAUCAGACAACGCUGGGUCUGGUGAUGAAGGAAAGAAUGCUGAUCGGAAAUUGGAAACGCCACUUGCCGCAAUGCUUCCAUCCAAAUAUGCGAAUGUUGAUGUUCGUGAACUUUUCCCCGACUUUCGACCCGACAAAGUACUCCGAUUUUCACGGUUGUUUGGACCGGGAAAGCCGACUAGUUUGCCACAGAUUUGGCGCAGCGUUCGCAAGAAACGACGAAAACGAAAGCAAUCCCGCGAGAAUCGACAAAAGGAUGGAUCAGACUCAACUAGUGAAACUGAUGAAAAAGUCGAAAGAAGACACAAAGGUUUCUUUGCAUUGUCUUAUGGGCCAGAGCCAACACCAGAUGAAAUUGCUGUGGAUGAUGAAUAUUUGCUUUUGCGCGAAGUUUCAGAUGAAUCACAUGAAAAAGCACCAGAAAAUAACGAAAAUGGUGAAAAUAAGCCUAAAGUUGCAGACUGGCGAUAUGGACCGGCCCAAGUGUGGUAUGACAUGCUUGAUGUACCAGCGUCAGGAGAGGGGUUCAACUAUGGUUUCAAAGUGAAAGAUAACAAAGUCGAAGACCCGGAAGAGAUUGAAAUCACCAGAGACCAAAUACCGGACGAUGCAUAUUUAAUGGUUUCACAAUUGCAUUGGGAAGAUGACGUUGUAUGGGAUGGUAAUGAUAUAAAAAAACAAGUUCUACAAAAAUUACAUUCAAAAACAAAUGCAGCUGGCUGGUUACCGUCGAGUGGAUCACGCACUGCUGGUCAAUUUAGUCAACCGGGCAAAGGGCCAAACGCUUCAGCAUGUACUACAACAACAAAACCAAACACAUCAGCCAAUUCGAAACUCUCGAAGAGUCAAGCACUACUCCAAAAGCUUGAGGAAGCGGACGAUACCUGGUAUAGCAUUUUUCCUGUCGAAAAUGAGGAACUAUGUUUCGGCAAAUGGGAAGAUGAGGUGAUUUGGGAUGCUGAUGCAAUGCCGAAAAUACCAAAACCAAAAAUGCUUUCACUCGAUCCAAACGAUGAAAACAUCAUUUUGGGUAUACCCGACGACAUUGAUCCAUCAAAGAUUGUCAAGAACACUAGACCACCACCGAAAGUCAAAAUUCCGCAUCCACACGUCAAAAAAUCCAAAAUUCUACUCGGCAAGGCGGGUGUUAUCAAUGUUUUGGCCGAAGAUACACCACCUCCACCACCGAAGUCGCCAGAUCGUGAUCCGUUCAACAUUUCCAACGAUACAUUUUAUAUGGCCAAAUCUUCGGAGAGUACGAUGCGGAUGAAAGUUGGAGGUGGAAAUCUUAUCCAGCACUCAACACCUGUAGUUGAACUACGUGCACCAUUCAUUCCAACACAUAUGGGACCAAUCAAACUACGUGCAUUCCAUCGACCACCAAUGAAAAAAUACUCUCAUGGUCCGUUACAUGGAACAACACCGCAUGGCGUUCAGCCGCUUUUGAAACACAUUAAAAAGAAGGCGAAACAAAGAGAGUUGGAAAGAAUCGCUUCAGGUGGUGGAGAUGUUUUCUUCAUGCGAAACCCAGAAGAUUUAUCCGGUAAAGAUGGUGAAUUGAUUUUAGUUGAAUUUACUGAAGAGCAUCCACCGCUUAUGAAUCAAGUUGGAAUGUGUUCCAAAAUCAAAAAUUACUACAAGAGAAAGGCCGAAAAGGACUCAUGUCCACCAGAGUACCGUUACGGUGAAAUUGCCUAUGCACAUACAAGUCCAUUUUUGGGUAUUUUGCAGCCAGGCAAGUGCGUCCAAACACUCGAGAAUAAUAUGUACCGCGCUCCAAUUUAUCCCCAUACUGUAUCUCCCACUGAUUUCUUGCUCAUUCGAACAAGAAACGAGUAUUUCAUUCGUGAAAUUGAUGCACUGUUUACGGUUGCACAAGAGUGUCCAUUGUACGAAGUUCCUGGGCCAAAUUCGAAGCGUGCAAAUAAUUUUGUUAGAGAUUUCUUGCAAGUGUUUAUUUAUCGUUUGUUCUGGAAGAGCAGAGAUCAGCCCCGUCGAAUCCGAAUGGAUGAUAUUAAACGAGCCUUCCCCGGUCAUUCCGAGAGUAGUAUUCGGAAGCGAUUGAAGCAAUGUGCUGACUUUAAGCGUACUGGAAUGGAUUCGAAUUGGUGGGUUAUUAAGCCCGAGUUUCGUUUGCCAUCCGAAGAAGAAAUCCGGGCAAUGGUUUCACCGGAACAAUGUUGUGCAUACUUUAGUAUGAUUGCUGCUGAGCAGCGCCUAAAGGAUGCUGGUUAUGGUGAGAAAUUCAUCUUUGCCCAACAAGACGACGAUGACGAAGAGCAACAGUUGAAAAUGGACGAUGAAGUUAAGGUUGCUCCUUGGAAUACAACACGUGCAUACAUUCAAGCAAUGCGUGGAAAGUGUCUGUUACAGUUGACCGGUCCAGCUGAUCCGACUGGUAUGGGUGAAGGUUUCUCUUAUGUUCGCAUCCCAAAUAAGCCAACACAAACAAAGGAAGAAAUCGAAUCACAGCCAAAGCGUACCGUAACGGGAACCGAUGCUGAUUUGCGAAGACUUUCACUGAAUAAUGCAAAGGAGAUUCUUAGAAAAUAUGAUGUACCUGAAGAAGAAAUCAAAAAAUUGUCACGUUGGGAAGUUAUUGAUGUUGUACGUACACUAUCAACAGAAAAAUCAAAGGCGGGUGAAGAAGGAAUGGAUAAGUUCUCCAGAGGAAAUCGAUUUUCGAUCGCUGAACAUCAAGAACGUUAUAAAGAAGAAUGCCAACGUAUUUUCGAUUUGCAGAACAAAGUUUUGGCUAGCAGUGAAGUUUUAUCGACCGAUGAAGGUGAAUCAACUGUGUCGGAAGAAUCGGAUCUUGAGGAAUUGGGUAAAAAUUUGGAAAAUAUGUUGGCCAACAAAAAAACUUCUGUUCAAUUAUCAAUGGAACGAGAAGAGCAGGAGCGACAGGAGUUGUUGAAGAAAAUUAUGGAGGAGCGAGAAGCCGCUCCGAAAGAUUCAAAAAAGAAAGAGGAAACAUCACCGAUUGCACCUCAUUUACAACCUGGUCGUAUUCUGAAAAUUACGAGAACAUUCAAGAAUUCCGAAGGCAAAGAAUUUACCAGAGUAGAAAUUGUUAGAAGACCACAAGUUAUAGAUGCAUAUGUGCGAAUCCGACAAUCAAAAGAUGAAGCAUUUAUUCGUCAGUUUGCAACCCUUGAUGAAGCACAAAAAGAGGAAAUGAAACGCGAGAAACGUCGUAUUCAAGAGCAACUUCGACGUAUCAAGAGGAAUCAGGAGAAGGUAAAUAUGUUGCAGCAGCAACAAAGUCAAAACCUGUUGACGCAAGGUGUUUCACAACCAUUGGGAGAUUCUCCUACGAAUCCAUUCAAGCAUGGCGCGUCUUCAUCCAAAGAUACUUCAUCCAAAGAAAUCAGCCCAUCUCGGCGAAAGAUCAAACUGAAGCCGGAUCUGAAGUUAAAAUGUGGUGCAUGCGGUCAAGUUGGUCACAUGCGAACAAACAAAGCAUGCCCGUUGUACACAGGAACUGUUCCGCAGCCAUCGUUGACUGUUGCCAUGACCGAAGAACAAGAAGAAGAAAUCGAACGUGAAUUAAAUGCAGACGACGAAGAUUUGGUAAAUGUUGACGGUACAAAGGUGAAAUUGAGUGGAAAGUUAUUGAAACGGCAUGAAGAUGUUAAGCGUCGUGCAUUGCUCCUGAAAGUUCCAAAAGAAGCUGUUAACAAGAGUAAACGUCGACGUGCUGGAACUGAUCAACAUUGUGACUACCUGCGACAUAACAAAACGGCCAAACGAAGUCGAACUGAUCCGGUUGUUGUAAUGGCAUCGAUUCUCGAACAAAUUCUCAAUGAGCUCAGAGAGUUGCCGGACGUUCAACCGUUUCUAUUCCCAGUUAGCAUAAAAAAAGUUCCCGAUUAUUUCAAAGUGGUGCAGCGUCCAAUGGAUUUACAACAAAUUCGUGACAAUCUUCGACAUAACAAAUAUCAAAGUCGAGAGGACUUUUUGGCUGAUGUCAACCAAAUCGUAGAGAAUUGCAGCUUGUACAAUGGCCCGAAAAGCCCAUUAACAGCUGCCAGCCAGAGAAUGUUGCAAAAAUGUGUUGAAUGCUUGGCUGAGAAAGAAGAACGUUUGAUGCGUCUAGAGAAAGCUAUCAAUCCAUUGCUAGAUGAUGAUGAUCAAGUCGCAUUAUCAUUCAUAUUCGAGAAAUUAUUAAACGAAAAACUGAAAAAUAUGCGCGAAAGCAAUGUCUUCAAGAAGCCGGUAAAUAAAAAACAAUUUAAAGACUACUACACGGUGAUCAGAAGGCCAAUGGAUUUAGAAACUAUUUCAAAAAAAGUUGCCGCACAUAAAUAUCACUCUAGAGCCGAAUUCAUUGCUGAUAUUGUGUUGAUCAACACUAACUGUGAGACCUAUAACGGUGCUGAAUCAGAACUCACAAAAGACGCAAGGGUUUUAGUUGAUUUUACCAAAAAGGCAUUGGACGAGUUUGCGGAUCACUGUAGUCAACUGGAGGCGAAUAUCGCUAUUGUACAAGAAAGAGCUAAGAUGGAAGCAGAAAUGGAUGACACUUGGGCUGAUGAUGAUAAUGAUGAUCGAAAUAUGAGUCGUGCAAGUUCGCCAGAAAAUGAUUUUGUUGACGUUGAAUCGACUGACAAUCGGCCGCAUUCGUCUGCAUCGGGAAAUUCACAAAGACCGUCCACUUCAUCUGGAUUACCAAUUACGCCAGAAACUAAACGGAAUCGUGGACGGCCACGAAAAUUAAAAGAGGUUCAAGAUGAAGUUUCAGGAAAAACAUGGAAAAUGAAACGUGGUCGAGGAAGACCACGUAAGAAUAGUAUGACGUCUGAUCUGAGUAACACACAAAAUUCUUAUUUGGAAGAAGAUUUACAAUUCUCGACUGAUGACGGCGAAUUUGAAGAAGUAAUUGGUGAAAAUGAAAGUGUUGCGGCUACCCUAGGUCAAGGAGAGGCGUUAGCAAGAAGUUCACAACCAGUUAAUUAUGCUCCAGGUGGUCAUAAUGAAGAAGAUAGUAAGCAGGCAGCUGAAGCCAUGGUGCAGCUGAGUGGAGUCGGAUUUUAUAAUCAACCAGAUGCAGAUGAAUCAAUGGAUCUAGAUCCCAACUACGAUCCGUCCGACUUUUUGCAAAUGCCAAACAAGAAGGACUCCUCUGUGAAAAUUGACUAUACAAACAUUAAGCAAGAGCCACAGUCGCAAUCACAAAUCUAUGAACAAGAUAGCUCAUUCAGUAUGUCAGAAAUGUUGUUGUACGAAAAGCGAACAACAAAAAUUGAACAGGGUCAGCAAUUAGAAUCUUCAGAGGUGACAGUCCAUCCACAAGUCAUCGAUUUUUCAACCCAAGAGAUGUAUUCACAAGAAAUGGCAUUGCCACAACAAAACAUAACACAAAAUGAAAGCCUGGAUGAUGUGGCUAUCCAUGAUGACUUGGCUAUUUCAGAUAGUGACGAAGAACAGCAACAAGGAGAUUUGAAGAAUCAAUCAGAAAAUGCAAAUGAUAAUGAUUCUGAUCUCUGGUUUUGACCAACAAAUGCACGAAUUGAUGAAAAAAUUUGAAUAAAACUGUUGACUUAUGAA